AUGAACAGUUUCUCGAGUCUGGUGACAACAGUCAAGCUAGUGACAGGAAUGGUAAUGCCGCUGCUCAUGAAGCCUUCAAGACGGUGGCUGCAUAACUCAUGAUCUUCCAGGGAUGGGAUGACCAGCUGCAGGUAAUAGUUACUGGGAUGUGGGAUGGACGCCAAGGUCACGGGGAUAAAUCACCAGCGUGAUCACAACACUGGCUGCAGCUACUGGCGGUGGUGGUGGUGGUGAGAGGCACAGCACUGCAUCAACUGCACUCAAGUCCCUCCCCGGCCGCCAAGAUGAGCAAGCAGCUGGUGUGUGUGCAGGACUAUGAGAAGGAGGCUCGCCAGCACCUCAACAAAAACACCCUGGACUACUAUCAGUCUGGCGCCCUGGACGAGGUCACUCUGAGGGAAAACAAAGAGGCUAUGGAGAGGUGGUACAUUCGCCCCAGGUUCUUGCGUGACGUGUCUCACUGCAGUCUAGCCACCACACUGUUGGGCCACAAAGUCGCUGUGCCCUUUGGGGUGGCCCCAACAGCCAUGCAGCGCAUGGCCCAUAAUGAAGGGGAGGUGGCCACAGCACGAGCUGCAGGGAAGGUGGGCGCCCCGUUCACUCUGAGCACCGUUGCCACCACCACCAUCGAGGACGUGGCUGCUGCAGCUCCCGACACUCUGCGCCUCUUUCAGUUCUACAUCUACAGUGACAGGGAGGUGACGACGUCCCUCAUCAGGAGGGCGGAGGCCGCAGGCUUCUCAGCGCUGGUCCUCACGGUGGACACGCCUUAUUUUGGCAUCCGGCGUGCUGACAUCAGAAAUGCAGUUGCUCUUCCUGCUCAUCUCAGGAUAGCCAACUUUCAGAGUGCUGAAGAGUCUGACACUGCCAACUCAUCAAAUGGCAACUCAAGCAACUCAAGGAUCAGGGAGUAUGUGGCCUCACUGUUCAACCCAGCACUCACCUGGGAGGAUGUGGCGUGGCUCAAAGGACUAACAUGGUUCCUCCGCAGGAUCACGAAGCUUCCUGUGGUGCUCAAGGGAAUCCUGACCAGGGAGGAUGCAUGCAUGGGUGUGGAGGCCGGCGCUGCAGCCAUCUGGGUGUCUAACCACGGGGCCCGCCAGGUGGACGGUGUAUCCCCCACAAUGGAAGUGCUGCCGGAGGUGGUGGAGGCGGUGGGUGGCCGCUGCGAGGUGUACGUGGAUGGAGGCUUCUCUCAAGGGGCACACAUUUUCAAGGCCCUGGCUCUUGGGGCAAACAUGGUGUUUCUGGGGAGGCCGCUGCUGUGGGGGCUGGCCUGUGGGGGUGAGGACGGGGCGCAGGGAGUGAUGGAUAUACUGCAGAAGGAACUGGAGUCUGUCAUGGCAUUGUCAGGGUGUGCCACAGUGCAGGACAUCACGCGAGCAAUGGUGGUGCGACGGGAGAUGUGUGCUCACCUCUGAACUGUCACCACACCAUCCGCCACACUGCUGACAACCACCCUUCACCACACGACUGACAACCACUGUUCUCCACCACACUGCUGACACCCACCCUUCACCACUCGACUGACAAUCACUGUUCUCCACCACACUGCUGACAACUACCAUUCUCCACCAUGCAGCUGACAACCACCCUUCUCUACCACACUGCUGACAACCACCCUUUUCUACCACAUGGCUGACAAUCACCGUUCUCCACCACACUGCUGACAACUACCAUUCUCCACCACACUACUGACAACCACCCUACUCCACCACAGUGACCAAUUGCAUGCAGUGUCUUUCAUUUUCUAUGUUCUUUUCUUGACCCUUGACUUGUGUGAGCUCUAAGUUCUUCCCAGGUAAACUUCUACCAUAACCAAUCAAUUACUGCAGUUUAUUUAGGUAUUUAGAUAUUGUGUUGAAUGGUAGUGUGGUGUUUUUCAUAGUGGCCAAUUACAAACAAGUGUCUUUCA